AUGGGGAAGAAGAGAGGACAUGUGUUGGCAGUGCCAUAUCCAACACAAGGACACAUCACACCAUCCGUCAAUUCUGCAAACGUCUUCAAUCCAAAGAGAGUUUGGUUUAGCUGCGGCUCCUUUCUUUACGCAGUCUUGUCCUGUAACUACGUUUAUUAUCUUUCCUACAAAAACAAUGGAAGCUUGGACCUUCCCAUUGAGGAAUUGCCUUUUCUUGAGCUUCAAGAUGUGCCUUCUUUCAUCUCUGUUUCUGGAUCUUACCCUGCUUUCUUUGACAUGCUGCUUCAACAGUUUACAAACUUCGAGAAAGCUGAUUUCGUACUCGUUAAUACCUUCCAAGAGCUGGACCUUCAUGAGAAGGAACUGUUGUCAAAUGUUUGUCCUGUGUUGACAAUUGGUCCGACUAUUCCAUCAAUGUACUUAGACCAACGGAUCAAAUCAGACACCGACUACGACAUGAAUCUAUUUGACUCGGAAGAUGGAGCCUUAUGCUCUAAGUGGCUCAAUACGAGGCCACAAGGAUCUUCAGAGGAGGAAAAGCUCCCAUCAGGGUUUCUUGAGACAGUGAAUAAAGACAAGAGCUUGGUCUUGAAAUGGAGUCCUCAGCUUGAAGUUUUAGCAAACAAAGCUAUUGGUUGUUUCAUGACUCACUGUGGCUGGAACUCAACCAUGGAAGCGUUGACCUUUGGGGUGCCAAUGGUGGCUAUGCCUCAAUGGACAGAUCAACCGAUGAAUGCAAAGUACAUUCAAGAUGUGUGGAAGGUUGGAGUUCGUGUAAAGGUGGAGAAAGAAAGUGGGAUUGCCAAAAGAGAGGAGAUUGAGUUUAGCAUUAAAGGAAGUGAUGGAAGGAAAUAA